CUGAACAAGUCCUAAGACCCGCCGCCACCUGCAGGCACAGACUCUUGGUGAAGUUGUCCAGCUCCUGGUCGCUCCUCGUCCUUUAAACUUCCUCCUCAUCCUCCUCAUCCUCAUCUCCUGGAAGCCGAAGCUCUGAGAGGUCAUGGCGGGCGCCGCUCUCCUCCUCCGGGUCCUCCUCCCGCUGCUCGGAGGGACCAUUCUCCUCAACGGCAUCCCCGCGCAGAGGAUCGGAGUUCGUCGUCAGAACAUGAAGGUUCGGAUCAACGCCACCGGCGACACCAUCGUGAUGAAGUUCGUGCGUCCGAGUCCUGACGUGAAGUUGGAGGGUUAUAUUCUGGGAUACGGCAGCAGCAUGUUCUCCAAACAGUUCAUCCAGCUGCCGGAGAACGGACAACCCUACGAGACCGAGAUGGAUGCAGAGCCCAAGUACUUGGUGGCCGUGCAGCCAAUCCCUGUCAACGAUGUGAAGAAACACUGCACAGGCAAGGUGAACCUGGAGAAGCCGCUCCACCUGGUGAUCGGCUCCAUCAGCCCGACGGCGGUGCUGCUGUCCUGGGGAAACUACCUGAAGACGCCCUACGAAGGGAACAUCAUGAACGAGUGUCUGGAGGACGGGUAUUACACCAUCCGCUACAGGGAGAGGAACAGGAAGUGGAUUUACCAUACCUGCCCGACCAGCGACACGGUCAUCGACAACCUGAAACCCAACACAGCCUACGAGUUCGGCGUCCGAUCGAACAAGGACGACCGCAGCGGCACGUGGAGCAAAGCGGUCAUCCACAACACCAACAUGGGCAAUAAAAAUGCGCAGAAGCCGUACAAGCUGCCUAAUCCUCUCGCCAAGCCCAAGAAACCUCAUGGACCUCACGCUCUGUUCCCUCCUCGUCCUGCUCUGCACAACCGGACGCAGCCUCGACUUUCUCCUCCGCUCAAAAACCCAGGUUUCCCCGGAGCGCCACGCACCUCUUUCGCGCCACCUGAGAGCCAGCAGGAAACUUUACCUCUUCCCGGCUCCGCUGAGCCGAAACGGCCUCAUGUGUCACUCGACAAAGGAAACACUGUUAAAAACGACACCAACCGACCGGUGGAUCCUCGUCCCUCUGCCCUCCCCCGACUGCUGCUCACCAAAGCCCCUUCCGCCAACACCACAGCCUCCCCCCUUACUAAAUUACCCUCCUAUGGUGACUCGCUUCAGGGGCAGACUACUAAGGCGCCCUCUAAUGCACCUGAGAAGCCUCCCAACCCUGCCGCAUUUGGCAGAUCACAGGAUGGAUCGUCGCUGCUGAGAACAGCUCUGGCCAAUGAGAGGGCUAAAACUAACCACUGGGUAAGCGGACAGCCACACCGGGGCAUUUCCCUGCCUAAACCAGCCUUAUGGUCCAGACCUCGACUGGGAUCUCCUGCUCGCCCGUCGAUACCGAUCAACAAGAAACCAAAUUUGGUGGGAAAACCCGGAGAAACAGACAAGGUGAACAACGUUAAGCAGAAGGACAAGUUGUCCAUUCUGAAACCCAAAGUCCCACCGGCUACCGCCAAGCCAACCAAACAGGAGUGGAAACAGACCACAACUGCUACACCGUCAACAACUGUGAGUCGACAGGAAACGUGGGAGGACUCAGACUUGUUUAAAUCAGAGCCGGCCUCUGACGUUGACGCCAUGGGCAAGAAGCGUUACGUGGCGCCUCAUGUCGUCUACCAAACAGGCAAGAAACCGGACGAGCCUUGCUCCAUCACCUCCUCCCUCAACUACUUCCCCGAAGACGAACCCGGCGAGACGAACGUGACGGCUCCGCCGAAGAGCCCGCCCUCCAACCUCACCGUAGUAACGGUGGAGGGAUGCCCGUCCUUCAUCAUCCUGGACUGGGAGAAAACUGACAACGACACCACCGAGUAUGAAGUCAUCUCCACCACCAAAGGACCUGAUGGCGAGCAGGUUUCCAUCCUGACCACCAACCAGACUCACACCGCUGUGGAGAACCUCAAACCUGAGAGCAGUUAUGAGUUCAAGGUGAAGCCGAAGAACGAGCUGGGUGCAGGUCCUUCCAGUGAACCGGUGUCCUUCAACACGGAGUCAGCGGACCCACGGGUGAGCGAGAACGUUUCAGGCAAAGACGCCAUUUGGACUCAGUUCCCCUUUAAGACGGACUCGUACUCCGACUGCCAUGGUAAACAGUACGUGAAGAGGACCUGGUACCGCAAGUUUGUCGGCAUCCAGCUGUGCAACUCGCUCAGGUACAAGAUCUACCUGAGCGAUUCGCUCAACGGUAAAUUCUACAACAUCGGAGAUCAGACCGGCUUCGGGGAGGAUCACUGUCAGUUCGUGGAUUCCUUCCUGGAUGGAAGAACAGGCAAGCAGCUGAGAGCCGACCAGCUACCGUCCAGACCUGGUUUCUACAGAGCCAUGCGUCAGGAGCCCGUCCACUUCGGCCAGAUUGGCGGACACUCCCACGUCAACUACGUCUCAUGGUACGAGUGUGGAACACCCAUCCCCGGCAAAUGGUAAACGGGCUCGACCCCAGAGUCGUCGUCAGAGAAGCCUGGAAGAGGAUUCGUCGCCCAGGCUGGGAUGGCGACAACAGAAUUGGUCCUUAAAAUCUCCCGGACCUCCAAACUCCCUCAACUUCAUGUUCCACCACCUUAUCCAGUGCUGUAAAAACAUGUACAGGACAUACUCGUCAGGGAAUUUGUAACGAGAGAGCAUUUAAAAAAAAUAUGUAAUAGCAAACAUGCCUUGUCUUAACAAUUUAUCAAGCAUCAAGGCUAAACUGAUAGAAGAGCAGGAAGAUAUGUGGAGGUUUGGUUACUCUCUGCAGUGUUGGGGGGCAGCAAACUCACGCUAGAUAUAUUUUAUUUUGUGUUAAAAUAAUGGGAAGCUGGCUCCCUGGAGUACUAUUUUCAUAACUUGUGAGAUGUUAUUUAUCAAAAGGUCUUGGAUUGCAUUUCUUCUGGAGGGCCACAGGCGAGAAGUCACAGGAUUUUUUGGUGUGUGAUGCUUCUGCGGUUCCUCUGGUGUAGAUGUUUCCGAACAUUUUCUUUGUUUUCAGUUGAGCUUGUUCCUGUUGAUUUGCAUUAAAGGGCAGAAGGUUUUUAAAAGUGCAGCCGCGGAGCAAGACGUGCUGACCAGACGCCGUCCUGCGUCACAGCCAUUCGUAGCGGUCUUGUACCGGUGGCUCUGAAGUGCCUGGAACGAGCACACGAAGAUGGACUGCUCACUGUAGAGAAUAUAUCGAAUGUGUGAUAAACUUGCUGGAUAUUGCUAUUUUUCUGCCUCACGAACGUGGCUCCAAGUACAUUAACCUCCUACUAUUAUUUUGUCAUUAGCCAUUAAUCUGCCGACUGUUUCCGUGAUUAAUUGGUUCAUCCUUUGCUUUAUAAAACAUCUGAAAAUAGUGAAAAAUGUCCUUGAGCCCAAGGUGAUGUCCUCUGAUGCCUCUUUUUUGUUCGACCAACAGUCCAAAACCCAGAAACAUUCGGUUAACUGUCGUGUAAAUCUCGUAUUUGAGAAGCUCAAACCAAGGAAUAUUUGGCAUUUUUGCUUGAAAACCGACCUGAAAAGUUAAUUGGUCGAUUAUCAAAAACCAUUAUCAAUGGUUGCUGGUGAAUUUUCAGUCGGUCGACUAAUGUAUUCAUUUGCCAGUGGUUGCAGCUCUAGUCUUAGUCCUGUGCAGUGUGUUCGAUGUGGAAAUUCACGUCGGCGUGAGCAUGAAGUACACGGUGCAUCACGCAGGCCUGAUUUUCGGUGCUUUACACUAAAACCCGUCAGUUAGACGUCAGCACACCAGCUGUGUUGAUCAGACUCGCUGCCUGCAGCCUCUAACUGGGGAAUCCAGCCGGCGCGAGGCCUCUACACUUGCAAUUUGCACAACAGAAAUGUAUUUAUAUGUAUAUGGAGAGAAUGUAUUUUUUCAAUACAUUUUUGCAGAUGCAUUUCCCUCACCUUUUUUGUUUAACUGUGCUAUAAUGUGCUCUUCUUCUUGUUGCCUCAUGCUAAAGCACAGCAGGAAGCAAACUAUACAACAAAAUGGCUGGUGAAUCAAAAAAUGUGUGUAUUCAAACAAUCCCUUUCUUUAUUUUACCGACCAAAACUGAUUUACAGAGGAGAAGAACCUUUAAACUUUAGUCUUUGCCUCGGUGGGUAUUUCAAGCAGCAUUGAAGAAAGGCUGGUAAGGUUAGCAUAGAUAUAUCGAUGGCCAGCUGUUUCCACAUCUGUGUGUCUAACCAACUCUGAUCUGGGAAAACCAACAUCUCAGUUGCUCAGCAAUCAUAAAAAUCAAACAAAGAUUCCCAAAAGUGAAAGUGUAGGCAAUAUCAGCAACUUUCUGAUGGAAGAAAAAAUCAAGCACGUUCAAAAUAAUAAAAACCAGGAAUAAUUCCAACACAGAGAGUUUUUUUUCCACGCACAAAUGUUAUGAAACGCUAAAUAACUGAAAUUUCCAGCCUGGGAACAUAAUCCCGUAGCCAGAUGCUAGUAAAGCCAAACCACAAUCUGAUUGGACAAGCACAAGCAAAGGACUUUCAAACUAUGGUCAUGACCUUAGUGGGUAUUUCAAGCACGACCGAAGUAGGACUAGCUAGGUUAGCGAGGCUAAAGCGGAGGCUAGUUGUUUCCGUGGCUACCAGGGUCACUGUCCCCGAUCCAGGUCCUGGGAAGGAACCUUCUGAAGCUCGGACACCGGUUUCGUUCGCUCAGGCGUUCGUAAAAUUUGUUCGCGUUCUUAAAAUGUCUGGCUAGCUAACCAGAUACUCGCGACAGAUAGAUGAACUAACCGGCCAGACGGAGGAGAAUAAUGUCGAGGUGAUCUCAGAAACUUUUAGGGAAAAGUUACCUCGGCCAGGUGUUCAGUGAUGAGAUACAAUGAAUAAUCAAAAUUGAUGGUGAGAUUUUUCUUCCUAUUUCCAACAUUUGUCCCAUAAUAAU